AAUUCACACAAACAUAUUUGCAUAUUUACUUUUACGGCUGACCUUCGGUCUUCUUCAGAUUCAAUUGUCUAUUUAAGCCAAAGUUUCUUUGGACUUCUAAACAGUUUAAACUGCAGAAACAUCGACGAGCAAAGCGGACUGACUACAUACGCACGUACGAACCUUUAAAAGAACAAGAACAGGACAUUAAAGAUUGUGAUUAAAGAAGUGUUUUUUUUUUUAACGGGAAGGCCUGUUCUACUAACCGAUGGAAAUCCACUGCAAACACGACCCUUUCGCAGCGAUGCACAGGCAUGGAGGGGUGAAUCAGCUGGGUGGGGUGUUUGUUAAUGGGCGGCCCUUGCCUGACGUGGUGAGGCAAAGGAUAGUGGAGUUGGCCCAUCAGGGCGUACGGCCAUGUGACAUCUCCCGCCAGCUCCGGGUCAGCCACGGGUGCGUCAGCAAGAUACUGGGCAGGUACUAUGAGACAGGCAGCAUCAGACCAGGGGUGAUCGGAGGCUCCAAACCAAAGGUUGCUACACCCAAAGUCGUCGACAAAAUCGCUGAUUACAAACGCCAAAACCCAACCAUGUUUGCCUGGGAGAUCCGAGACAGACUUCUGGCAGAGAGAGUGUGUGACAAUGACAGUGUGCCCAGCGUCAGCUCAAUCAACAGGAUCAUUCGCACUAAAGUCCAGCAGCCACCUGGCCAAUCAGCUGUCUCUGCCCAUAACUUAGCCUCUACAGUGGCAGUUACCCAGGUGUCCGCAGUAACCAGUGACGCGGCAGGCUCCUCCUACUCCAUCAGCGGGAUUCUGGGAAUUAGCUCACCUGCCGAUGCAAGCAAGCGAAAGAGAGAUGAAAAUCUACAGGAUUCUCCUUUGGCGAAUGGCCACACUCACUCGGGGCGGGACUUCCUGCGGAAGCAGAUGCGAGGAGAGCUCUUUACACCGCAGCAGCUCGAGGUAUUGGACCAUGUCUUUGAUCGACAGCCCUGUCAUGACAUUUACCACACCCCUGACAACAUCAGCUACAAGCCCGCCCAGACGUCUGAUUACUCGGCCAUGGCAUCUUUGGCCGGCGGAUUGGAGGAGAUGAAGAACAGCUUGGUGAAUCAGACAGGAGCAGAGUUGGGUUCAUCUGUAGCAGGACCUCAAUCAUAUCCGCUAGUGUCCGGUCGUGACCUGGCCAGCACCACGCUCCCUGGAUACCCCCCUCACGUCCCUCCGACUGGGCAGGGUAGUUACUCCACACCCACUCUCACAGGGAUGGUACCUGGAGGAGAUUUCUCUGGAAGUCCAUACUCCCAUCCGCAGUAUUCUACAUACAAUGAGUCAUGGAGAUUUGCUAACCCCAGUCUACUGGUGUUCCAGCAGGAGUACGGUUCUUUACUGGGCUCGGAAAGAGCAGCUUCAUCUGGCCUGUUCCCUAGCCAAACCCCACAACCGACAGGAUCUCCAUACUACUAUAGUGCAGCCACACGAGGAGCAGGAACGGCUGCAACUGCCACUGCCUAUGACCGCCACUGACCAGCCAGACAAAGGAGGAAACAAUAAAGGAGUGGAGGAAUGAAAAGAGAAGAAAGGAUGGAUUGAUAGCACCCACACAAGACUGCCUACACAUGGAAGAGAAGUAACGGAGGUGCAGGAAGGAGAAAGGAGAAAGAAAGAAAGAAAGAAGAGGUGACAAUGUUUUCCUGCCAAUUACAAUCAAUGGUCAAACCAGUAGCUUCAGCUGAAACGUGUCUAAUUUCUGUGCAUUUGUGGAACGCUGCAACUAUACACCCAUACACCUCGAUUUUAAUUCACCUGUAUUUUCUGUUAUUGGUUUGAUUUAUCUUUUGUCAUUAAAGCCUUGCGUGUCCUAUCAUCUUUGCAUCUCUAUGCAUUCUGUUCUUUUAGAGAUGAUCAGGUGUUGGGAGUUGGUACCAGACAAUCUACUAGUGGCAGCUUGAGAUGUCCUAUUUGAUUUGAGUUAAAUAACUUCUUAUUGUAUUUUCAUUAGCAUGUUUCUCUGAACUGUGCGAAUGAGGCAUCAUAAUCUGUGACCUUUUCCUGUUUUACUGGUAAACUUGUAGUCCACUAGAGUAGUGAAUUGUUUUCUGGAGAUAACCAUUUAUCCCUAAAAUAGGAAGUCAACUGAGAUUUGAAAGAGUUGGACAGAUAACUCAGGUCGAAAUUAUGGCAUUAUUUAUAGUACAUUAAAAGUAGCCAGUGUGCAGGACAGAGCCAAUUGUGUUCACUGUUAAAUUAUGGGAUAUUUCCAUUUGCAAUUCUAGUGUAAUUACAGUUGUUCUAGAAGACAUAUUACUGAAAGACAUUGAAAUGCAUAACAGUGCCCUGAUGAGUAAGCACAACAAUAUUUAUAACAAGAUUUCUUUCCCCCAGUUCAAUCUAUACACCAUUUAAGCAUAAUGGGCUUUUUUGCUGUGCUUCUGUCUUCUCAGUUUUUAUAAUUUGAUUAAGUUGGAAGUUUAGCAUUAGCUGCAAUGUGAUUUUUAUUACUCAUUCAGCUUGGCUAAAAAUUGGGAGGUUGAAAUAUACUGUUUUGUGAUUCAGUCAAUAUGUGUAAUAUGAUGGAAAAUAGCAGCAUGAUUUAAAUGUCUAAGCACUGUCAUCAUGAAUGAGAGCAUCAGUGUUGUUAAAGAAAAGUUCCCCAAAAAAUGAAACUGAUGUCAUCAUUUACUCACCCUCAUUGCAUUCCAAAUCCAUAUGACUUUCUUUCUUCUGCUAAAAACAAAAGUAGGAAUUUUAAAGGAUGUCCUGUUCACUGAUUGUAAUACCAUGGCAGAUGAUAGUGACUCACUUUACAGCUAAAUAAAGGACCCAGACUUUCAUUCAGUAGUCCAUCAACUCAUGUGUCCUAUUCCAUGUCUUCUAAAGGUAUACUAUUGGUGAGAUGGUGAGAUGACAUGGUUUUGGAGAGAAAUGUCCUGAAAUUUAAGUUAUUUUACAGUGAAAAUGCUGACUAUAUCUAUGACUCUACUUUGCAUUUUUAUGAGUGCAUGAGAGACAGCAUGAUCUCAUAGUAAAUUCAUGAACAGUAGAUUGACGUUUCUUGAGGUUAAUGAAAUAGUUCACCCAAAAACUAAAAUUCUCUCAUCAUUCACUCACCCUCAUGCCA